AUGGCGGCGGGGGGAGCGCGACACGCGGGUCGGGGGGCUGCCGGCAGGGCACGGGAGCGCGUGAGGAGGGUAGCCGCCGUCGAUGCGGCGGGCGGUGGGACGCGGCGGAGCGGGCCGGGGUUUCAGGUCACGCGUGUCCGUGGCGUCGGGCGCACCGUGUCUGUGCGGUCUGGACCGGGCCAGGGGUACGCAGCGACGGCCCCCACACCACAACAUGGGGCGGGCCUCCGGGCGGGGGGGGGCAGGGGUGCUAAAGUGGCGGGACGGGCGGGGCGGGGCGACGGAGGGCAACGAGGGCAGCGACGCGCCCCGCCGGCUACGCGGGCCAGGGUGGGCGUUGGACUGGGGCGCGGGGGGCGUCGCUGGGGGGUGGACAGGGCCACGGGGGCGGGGGCCAGGGUGGUGGCGGGUGCGGGGGUCCAGGGGGGGCGGGACCCGUGGCGGGGGCAGGAGGCGGCGCGCUCGGGCGGGUUGGGCGGGGGGGGAGACGGGGGUUCAGGCGCGUCGGUGGGAGGCGGGGCGAGGUGCCCGGGGGACGGGCGGCCGGGCCAGGAUGGGGGAUGGCCCCGCGCGGGGGGGCGCGGUGUGGGGGAACUGGGGCCGCCUCCUACCGCGUUAUCGCGGGCGCGGGGCCCCGCGGCCACGGGGCUAACGGGAGGGUGUGCAGGCGUAGGCGACAGCGGGUGCCGGGUCGGGCGGGAGGCGGAAUAA